AUGGAGUAUCUAGAAAUAACAGGUUUUGCUCAUAUAGCAAAAAUAAAUAGUCUCAAAAUCGACUUAAGCUUAGUUGUGGCUCUGUUAGAGAAAUGGAGACCGGAAACACACACUUUUCACUUCCUAACAGGUGAAUGCACAAUAACGCUAGAAGAUGCGAAUAUGUUACUUGGUUUCCGAGUUGAUGGAAAAGCUAUCAACGGUCCUACCGAAGUAACAAAUGAUGUUUACAUGGAAAACUUGGGGGUGGAAUCUACAGAAGCGGAUAAAAAUAGAGGUUCUGUUAGGAUCACCUGGCUAGAAAAUUUAUAUGAAAUUUUAAAAAAUAACUCUGCACCCACACAACAAGAAAUUGUGUUACAAGCUAAAGUUUAUAUUUUACUUGUAAUUGCUACUAUAUUGUUUCCCGACAAAAGUCAAAAUCUAUUGCAUUCUUCCUGGAUUCCUUUUGUAGGGGAUCUUGAAAAAUGCGGCACCUAUAGUUGUGGUUUUGCAUGUCUUGCAAAACUGUACAGGGAAAUAUGCAAGGCUGCAGUCAAGGAUGUUAGGAGCAUGAGUGGUUGUGUUCUUCUACUCACUUCUUGGGCAUUCACACGUAUACCAUUGUUUGCUCCUGUUAGUACAAUGCAACCCUCGUAUCCAUACGCACAAAGAUGGACGCAAAAACGGAGGAAUUACGAUGCUAAUCCUCGUUUUCAUCUACAAGGAUAUCGAAACGCAUUGGACCAUAUGUAA